GAGGAACUGACCAACAUCUUGGAGAUCAGCAAUGUUGUCUUUACAAGCAUGUUUGCCCUGGAGAUGAUUCUGAAACUUGCUGCUUUUGGGCUUUUUGAUUACCUCCGCAACCCCUACAACAUCUUUGACAGUAUCAUCGUCAUCAUCAGCAUCUGGGAGAUCAUCGGCCAGUCAGAUGGGGGGCUCUCGGUGCUGAGGACUUUCCGCCUUCUACGGGUGCUAAAGCUGGUGCGUUUCAUGCCUGCGCUGCGGCGCCAGCUCGUGGUGCUGAUGAAGACUAUGGACAACGUAGCCACCUUCUGCAUGCUCCUCAUGCUCUUCAUCUUUAUAUUCAGCAUCCUGGGAAUGCACAUUUUUGGAUGCAAGUUCAGCCUCAGGACAGACACAGGAGAUACGGUUCCUGACCGCAAGAAUUUUGACUCCUUGCUGUGGGCCAUUGUCACUGUGUUCCAGAUCUUAACACAGGAGGACUGGAAUGUUGUACUUUAUAAUGGCAUGGCCUCCACCUCACCAUGGGCAUCCCUUUACUUUGUGGCUCUCAUGACAUUUGGCAAUUAUGUACUCUUCAAUCUGCUGGUGGCCAUCCUGGUGGAGGGUUUCCAGGCUGAGGGUGAUGCCAACCGGUCAUACUCAGAUGAAGAUCAGAGUUCAUCAAACGUGGAGGAGUUGGAUCAGCUGCAUGAUGUCCAGGAAGGUUCAGAUCCCAAGCUCUGUGCAAUUCCUGUGACACCAAAUGGACACUUGGACCCAUCCUUGCCCUCUUCUAACCCACCAGUGUCUUCUGGGGGGGUCACUAACUCCUCGCGCAACUCCCUGCAGCCAGACCAGAUCCUUGUUGCUGUUGGCUCCAGGAAGAGUAGUGUGAUGUCCCUGGGGAGAAUGACCUAUGACCAGCGGUCCUUGUCCAGCUCCCGCAGUUCCCACUAUGGUGCUUGGGGCCGUAGCGGAGCCUGGGGGAGCCGCCGCUCCAGCUGGAACAGCCUGGCUCGGGGACACAGCCUGAAAAACAAACCUCCCUCUGCCGAGCAUGAAUCUCUCCUGUCUGGAGAGAGACGCAGGGAGGCAGAUGGGGAGCGAGAUGCGACUAGAAGGAUGUCUCAUCACCGCCGAACGCUCUCUUUGGACAACAAGGGCUCCUGUGACCUGGUGGAGUUGGCAUCAGUCCCGUCUGGCUACAGAGCGACCCGUAAGCCAGGGGCAGCGUCCGGGGUCAACGAGCACCAGGACUGUAAUGGUAAAAUGCCCAACAUUGCAAAGGAGAUCUUCCCAAAGAUGAACAACCGCAAGGAGCGGGGAGAGGAUGAUGAGGAGAUAGAUUAUAGCUUGUGUUUUCGUAUCCGGAAGAUGAUGGAAGUUUACAAGCCAGACUGGUGUGAGUUACGAGAGGACUGGUCCAUAUAUCUCUUCUCUCCACAGAACAGGUUUCGUCUCCUCUGCCAAACAAUUAUUGCUCACAAGCUCUUUGAUUAUGUUGUGCUGGCCUUCAUCUUCCUGAACUGCAUCACCAUUGCCCUGGAGAGACCACAGAUUGAACACAGAAGCACGGAGAGAAUCUUUCUUACUGUGUCCAACUACAUUUUCACAGCAAUCUUUGUAGCUGAGAUGACACUGAAGGUGGUCUCUCUAGGCCUGUAUUUUGGGGACCAGGCUUAUCUCCGCAGCAGCUGGAACGUCCUGGAUGGCUUCCUGGUCUUCGUGUCCCUCAUUGACAUUGUGGUCUCAGUGGCCUCUGCUGGUGGUGCCAAAAUCCUGGGAGUGCUGCGGGUCCUCCGACUGCUACGCACCUUGCGUCCGCUCCGAGUUAUCAGCCGAGCCCCUGGCCUGAAGCUGGUGGUGGAAACACUCAUUUCAUCCUUGAAGCCCAUAGGAAACAUUGUCCUUAUCUGCUGUGCUUUCUUCAUCAUCUUUGGCAUCCUGGGUGUACAGCUCUUCAAGGGGAAGUUUUACCACUGCCUGGGGGUCGACAUCAGGAACAUCACCAACAGAUCUGACUGUGUGGCUGCCAACUACAAGUGGGUGCACCACAAGUACAACUUUGACAACCUUGGACAGGCCCUGAUGUCCCUCUUUGUGCUGGCCUCCAAAGAUGGCUGGGUCAAUAUUAUGUAUAAUGGACUGGAUGCUGUGGCUGUUGACCAACAGCCAGUGAUCAACAACAACCCUUGGAUGCUCCUCUACUUCAUAUCCUUCCUCCUCAUCGUCAGCUUCUUUGUGCUCAACAUGUUUGUGGGGGUGGUGGUGGAGAACUUCCACAAGUGCCGGCAGCAUCAGGAGGCCGAGGAGGCACGCCGGCGGGAGGAGAAGCGCCUGCGGCGCCUGGAGAAGAAGCGAAGGAAGGCACAGCGUUUGCCGUACUAUGCUACCUACUGCCCCAUACGCCUCCUUAUCCAUUCAGUCUGCACGAGCCACUAUCUGGACAUCUUCAUCACUUUCAUCAUCUGCCUCAACGUGGUCACCAUGUCCUUGGAGCACUACAACCAACCUGUGUCCUUGGAGACAGCCCUCAAAUACUGCAACUACCUGUUCACCACAGUCUUUGUGCUGGAGGCAGUGCUCAAGUUGGUGGCAUUUGGGCUGCGGCGAUUCUUCAAAGACAGGUGGAACCAGCUAGAUCUGGCCAUUGUGCUGCUGUCUGUCAUGGGAAUCACAUUGGAAGAGAUUGAAAUCAAUGCUGCUCUACCCAUUAACCCCACUAUCAUCCGCAUCAUGAGGGUGCUGCGCAUCGCUCGGGUCUUGAAGCUACUGAAGAUGGCCACAGGAAUGCGAGCGCUGUUGGAUACAGUUGUUCAAGCCCUGCCACAGGUGGGGAACCUUGGAUUGCUUUUCAUGCUCCUCUUUUUCAUCUACGCUGCUCUAGGAGUGGAGCUUUUUGGAAAACUAGUAUGCAAUGAUGAGAACCCCUGUGAGGGCAUGAGCCGCCACGCUACCUUUGAGAACUUCGGGAUGGCCUUCCUCACACUCUUCCAGGUGUCCACAGGCGACAACUGGAAUGGGAUCAUGAAGGAUACCUUGCGUGACUGCAGCCACGAUGAUCGGAGCUGCCUCAGCAACCUGCAGUUCAUCUCCCCGCUGUACUUUGUCAGCUUUGUGCUCACAGCCCAGUUUGUCCUCAUCAAUGUGGUGGUAGCUGUGCUCAUGAAACACCUGGACGACAGCAACAAAGAGGCCCAGGAGGAUGCAGAAAUGGAUGCUGAGAUUGAGCUGGAAUUUUCACACGGGCUGUGCUCCCGCAAGUCAGGCUCCCCAAAGUCAGGACAAGGAGGAGCAGCAGGAACAGGAACAGGAGGAGGUGGUGGGAGAACAGAUCCUGAAGGACGUCUAUGCAUGAGAUGUUACUCUCCAGCACAGGAGAACUUAUGGCUGGACAGUGUCUCUUUAAUUAUUAAGGACUCCUUCGACGGGGAGUUAAUGAUCAUCGAUAACCUAUCGGGCUCCGUCUUCCAUCAUUACUCCUCGCCGGCCAUGUGCGAGAAGUGUAACCAUGACAAGCAAGAGGUUCAGCUAGCUGAAAUGGAAGCCUUAUCCCUCAACUCAGACAAGUCCUCUUCCAUCCUUCUGGGAGAUGAUUCAGACAAUCGCAGCACUUCUCAACUAAGUCCUAAGGAGACAAAGAAUGGCCAGGACAGCCCUGGUUCCACUGGGGUAGGAGAUCUGGGGGAAUGCCUGCUCCCAAUUACCAGUGCUGAUGAUUCUUCAAACCCUGACAGUUACCUGUGUGAAAUGGAGAAAACUUCUUUCAACUCAGUCCAGUCUUGGCUGAAGCAUGAAAGUACCAAAGUCCCUCCCAGCCCCUUCUCUCCAGGUACAUCUUGCCCUCUUUUACCUGUGCCAGCAGAAUUUUUCCACCCAGCCAUCUCUGCCACCCAGACAGGCCCUGAAAAAGUCUCAUGUCCACACAACCUUCCUAAGAUCUCUCUGCAAGGCUCAUGGGCAUCACUGAGAUCUCCGAGUGUCAACUGUUCACUUCUUCGUCAGGGGCCUGGGAGUGACAACUCGCUGGACAGCCGGAGCAGCAGCUCCGUGGGCAGCCUGCAGACCACGCUGGAGGACAGCCUCAACCUCAGCGACUCUCCCCAGUGCACGCUGGACCUCCCAGUGGCUCUGUGCCCCAUGCCAGCCGUCGCCAGCCAAAGACCACUGGCAGCCCCCCUGUCCCCCGCCUCCCGCCGGCGGAGUCUCAGGGGCCGGGGGAUCUUCAGCCUGCAAAAUAUCCGGCGGCACCAGCGGAGCCACAGCAGUGGUGGGAGCACCAGCCCUGGGUGCACCCACCAUGACUCCAUGGACCCCUCAGAUGAGGAGGGGGCGGGCAGCAGCCUGAGGGGGGGCGGCAACAACAGCGAGCCCUCGGAGACCCUCAGCAGCCUCUCAUUGACCUCCCUCUCCUCCCCACCACCCCCAGGGCUGACACUUGUGAAGAAGUGCAACAGCACCAGCAGCCUCCACACCAGCCCAUCGUCCCGGGGCCCUGUGGCCCAUGACGCUAAGCCCUUCUACACCGUCGACCCCCGGGGCUUCCUCUCGAUGCCCUCCUGGGUGACGGACUUCUGCAAGGACACCCCCUUGCCAGGGGACGGAGAGGAGCCGGACGGCCCCGGCAAAAUGGGAACAGGGGACCAUGGUUCCCCGCUCCCUUCUGAGCUGGAGCUGGGUGAUGGGGUCAGCAAGAGGAACAGAUGAGAGUCCCUGGGGCACAGGGAGGGAGUGUUCGGCCACCAGCACAGGAAUGUGCUAUAACUUUUCCCCAGCAGCAAGUCCAAAGGAUUUGUGGGAAAAAG